CUAUGUUUCGCGUUAAUUGUCCUCCUACAUGCAUUAGUUCACGAGGCGCCUGUUGAAGGUUUGCACUUUAAAUUGUCUUUUUCCAUGUACUUCAGAUGCCAGUAUGGUCCCAUGAAAUCAUGUCGACUUUACGAUGAUAUUUUUCUAUUAUUUCUAAUUAUCACCGUAUAGCAAACAAUACGUUCAUAGAAUUAUCUCAUUAUUCCCGGUACCGCGCACCAAUUGCUAAGUUCGAGUCGAUCAAGAAUCAGAAAAGUAACCCGUAUCUUGCGCAAAGGAACUGCGCAACGAAGUUUACCCACAUGCAAAUACGUAUUCUUUGCUGUAUUUUCUGAGGAACCAGUCGAUGAUAACAUUACUUGAUAAAAAGUGACAUAGGCGUUCGAUCGCAGCAAGAACAUUUAUGAUUACGUUAUUUCGAGGUCUCAGGAUUUACUGUGCAUCUAGAAGGAGCGAGACUAGAGAACAUUAACCAAAACUUCACAUUUGUAUAAACUCCCAAGCUUUUUAUUUAAUGGCUGAUGAAGUUAAUUAUAAUAUAAGAAUAUUCCAAACACAUACUUCAUACUUCCGGACUUCAUAUUUUCUAUUUUCGUAUUGUCGUCGUGCUAAUAACUGUAUGAUCUAGUAUAAGAAUAAAUAUCUACGUUAUGAAGAUGAAUGAAGUAUGUGCAGUGUAACUGUAUGUUGUUAAUGAUGGGGGAAGCGUGUAAUUGGACAGUAUACGAUGUGAACGAAGUAUCAGGAGUAAUGCAACCUCGUAUGGGCCCUUGCGUCCACCACACUGUGGUUUUAGCAACGUUACGCAUACCAGGGUGGUUGGUGGUAAACCAGCUAAACUUGGUGCUUGGCCAUGGAUGGUUGCAUUAGGUUUUCAUAAUUAUAGACAACCAUGGAAGGAUCCGGAAUGGAAGUGCGGAGGUUCCUUGAUAUCGGCUAGGCAUGUUUUGACAGCAGCACAUUGUGCAAUACACAGUAGUUUGUACGUGGUUCGUAUCGCGGAUUUAAAUCUAAAACGAGAUGACGACGGAGCGCAUCCUAUUCAAAUGGGAUUCGAGUCUAAACUAAUUCAUCCUGAUUAUAAUCACCCGAAACACCAUGAUGAUAUAGCUAUUCUUAAAUUGGAGAGAGAUGUAUCAUUUUCGGAGUACAUACGUCCCAUUUGUCUCCCCCUAGAAGAGUCCCUUCGAAAUAACAACUUCAUGGGCUAUAACCCCUUCGUUGCUGGAUGGGGAAGAUUAAGAUAUAGAGGGCCACUAAGUGAUAUAUUAAUGGAAGUACAAGUGCCAGUGGUUAGCAACGCCGUAUGCAAAAAGGCUUAUAGCGACGCCUCUGAUACAGUAAUAUGCGCCGGAUACACUAAGGGUGGAAAGGAUUCUUGUCAAGGUGACAGCGGAGGACCACUGAUGAUACCACAAAACUUCACCUAUUAUGAAAUAGGUGUUGUGUCUUAUGGUCAUGAAUGCGCUUUACCUAGAUAUCCUGGCGUUUACACUAGGAUCACGUCCUACCUCGACAGCUUUAUUCUCCCAGCGUUGAAAUAAUAUAAUUAUUACUGUUUGCAUAAAUAUCAUUUUUCGUGUACGAAAGAUAAAGUUGGAAUUUAUUAUUGUAGUAAUUAGAGGCAGCUCAAAUUUAUAUUGGUUUGUACGUUACAUAUUAUAGUCUUAAAAUGCACGAAAUAUAACUUUGAAACGUCACUAAUUUUUUAUGCACGCUACACCUGCUCGACUUAGAGGUAUAAAAAUGAUAUUUUUUAAUUUCUUAAUUAAAUUUCAUUAAUUACAGUUUUUUCCGCUCCUCCUUUUUUGAUGGUAAUAAGAAAUCAAUUUUUGCAAAUUUUCUGAUGUAUCAAGGGAAUAAUUAAAUAUUCCACUUAGAACGCAUAUUUCUUGUAUGUACAUAUAAAAUUGACGACUACUCUGAAACGUUUCAUAAGAUAGAGAGCUUCUAGAUGUUCGGACACAGAAAGUACAUAAGAUACAAGAUAAGUCUCGCGUCUUCUAAAACUAUUUUUUAUUCGUUAAAAACGUCCUAUAUAAUGUAUAUAUGCAUUAAACUUAAUAUAAAAUUCAAACAAUAUUAAUUGUCUUUCUACAUUUGUUCAAGACCACUGAAUGGAUGAGAACAAUCAAUGACCAUUGAUUUCUUCUGGUCUUUGUUCAAAUGGAAUCAUUGAAAAGAUAAGGAUUCAUGAUACUGUGAAGUGGGUACUAAGAGGAGCCAAAACCCCAAAAUACUCGCAGGACCAACAGUAUCUUAAACCAAUCGGUAAACGAUGCAAACUUUUAUCCUACACUCCCAUCUUGAACGAUGAACAGCCAGGCAGAUGUGAAGAAUUAAUCCUCCAGAGUUAUUGUCUUCCAUCUGACGAAAACCAAAGGUAGUGGUCUGACUGCCAGACACGUCGAUAUUUUGUGUUAUAUCUAAAAGAAACAGUUCUUUAAUAGUCACACAUCCAAUAAAACCACAAAGUCCACUUUGUAAUCAACUGUCUGGUUUAUACUUCUUUCCUCCGUCAACCUGCUCACAAAUCGUGAGUGUUCGAACGCGUACACUAAUCGUAUCUAUACCGAAAGUAAAGCAGAAAGGAUACUAUGCACGAUAUAUCAGAGAAUAUAUUAAAGAUUUAUUACGAUUAUAUGGAAUAUAAGGGUUACAAUGGCAACGAAACACUCGUUUACGUUUUUAAUAAUCUGAUGAUCGUAAAUCAUAACUUAGAAUAUUUUGAUUAGUGGAAUCGUAAGAUAUUUGCUCGAUUCCGCGAAUGUGGCAACGAAGAGAAUUCCAUCGAAAUAUUCGUGGGAAAAUACAGAGGAGUACCAUGUACUAUUCGUUGUUCAUUGGUUUUUGAUAAUUCCGUGCCAACAAAUCAAUCACUUUUAAGAUCAAUUAAAGUUGCACGUGCCACACGAGCAGCUUUUAUCGUAGAAGUAACUUUUAUGUGAUGUGUUACGUGCAAAAGUUUUUAUUUCUGUUACCAUGUUAUUUCUAUUUUGUGAAUUUUAGUAGCACAGCUAUUGAUAAUGUGCGAUAAAAUAUGCUAUAUAAUUGAUAAUUGUAAGUGAUGGUUGUAAGUGAAGUGACAAGGUGAUGGUAUAAAUAGGUGCUUAGAUGGAAGUUGGUAGAAGUGUAUCUUUAUCUUUCAAGAAUGGAAAGGUAAGUAGGAAGCCAUAUAUAAUAAAAUUCGAAUUUAUAUAGAGAAUUUUGUUAUAAAUCACUGAACCGUCCUAUGCGCUAUCGUGCUUCGUUUCUGAUGUAAAUUCAACAUAUCAUGCGAACUAAGCUUCCUUUAUUGCUAUCAGUUCCGCGUUCUUUCAAUUCGUCACUUUUUUAUUUCAGGACAAUGACGGGUUUCAAGAUGCUGUUUACGUUAAUUGUGCUCCUGCAUUCAUUAAUUCACGCGCCGUCUGCUAAAGGUCUACACUUUAAGUUGUCUUUUCCCAUGCACUUCAGAUUCUAGUACGACCUCAUCACGGAACCUUCGAGCUAUUUUGAAAUUUUACGCGUUUGUUAAUUAUCAAUGAAAAGAAAGAAGCUACGCGAUACCACAUAAAAUACAAACGAUUUUUAUGAUUUUUUAUUUUCAAGAUGGUGACGAAGUUAAUGGUAAAAUUCAACUUGCAUUGUUAAUAUUGCGUAAAGAAGACAAAACAUUAUUAUGAAAAGUUUGAAUCAAC